GUCAGAGGCGGCAUCCGUGGGGUGCUCGUCUCGCCCCUUCAGUUCUCCUGUCGGGCUGGCAUCUGUGAAGUAGCUAAGCAUCCGGUAUGGCACCGCUCCGCAAUCCAGAGAUAAAGUUCACUCAACUCUUCAUAAACAAUGAGUUUGUAAACAGCAUCAGUGGAAAGACAAUUCCUGUACUGAAUCCAGCAACAGGAGAUGUCAUUGCUCAGGUCCAAGAAGGUGACAAGGCUGACGUUGACAAGGCCGUGAAAGCAGCCAGAAAUGCAUUCGAAUUUGGCUCAACGUGGAGAACACUGGACGCAUCGAAGCGCGGUCGUCUGCUCAACAGAUUUGCGGAUCUAAUAGAGCGUGACAAGGAGUAUCUUGCUAGCUUAGAAGUGCUUAACAAUGGAAAACCGUAUGCUGAAGCGUUGUUUGACAUGGACUGCUCCAUUGACUGCAUCAGAUAUUUCGCAGGAUGGAGUGAUAAGGUUCACGGGAAGACCAUUCCAGUUGAUGGAGACCACAUGAGCUUCACGAGACUGGAGCCCAUUGGUGUCUGCGGCCAAAUCAUUCCGUGGAACUACCCAGUACUGAUGCUGUGCUGGAAACUGGGACCUGCGCUGACGACGGGCAACGUUGUGGUACUCAAACCUGCAGAGCAAACCCCCCUGACCGCACUUUACUGUGCCAGCCUCCUCAAAGAGGCAGAAUUUCCUCCUGGAGUUGUCAACAUCGUUCCAGGUUAUGGGCCAACAGCUGGCGCUGCUAUCGCCAGUCAUCUGGAAGUGGACAAGAUCGCGUUCACUGGCUCAACGGAGGUCGGUAAGCUUAUCCAGGAGGCAGCGGGGAGGUCGAACACAAAACGAGUGACCCUCGAAAUGGGAGGCAAAAGCCCCCUGGUCAUCUUCGAUGAUGCUGACUUGGAUAGUGCUGUGGAAAUAGCCCACAAUGCUGUAUUUCCAAACAUGGGGCAAUGCUGCUGUGCUGGAACUAGAACCUUUGUGCAAGAAGGCAUUUACGACACAUUUGUUGCUAAGGCAGCCGCGCUAGCUGCAAAACGUGUUGUAGGAGACCCCUUCGAUGAGAAAACUGUGCAAGGUCCACAGAUUGAUGAUGAACAGUUCAAGAAGAUCAUGAACCUCAUAAAGUCUGGUAAAGAACAAGGAGCGGCAGUACAAUGCGGUGGUGACGCAGUCCCGAACUCGAAGGGGUUCUUUGUGCAACCAACAGUCUUCUCCGAUGUAACCGACGAUAUGCGCAUUGCGCAAGAGGAAAUAUUUGGCCCCGUGCAGCAAAUUUUGAAGUUCAAGACCCUAGAUGAAGUUGUGAAACGCUGCAACAGGACACAGUAUGGCCUUGGAUCCGGAGUGCUCACCAAGGACAUGGAUAAGGCAAUGAUGUUUGCUCAGGGUGUGCAAGCAGGAUCUGUCUGGAUAAACUGCUACGAUGCCACAUUUCCACAAACACCGUUCGGAGGUUUCAAGAUGUCUGGCUACGGAAGGGAGCUGGGCUACGCUGGCAUCUAUGAAUAUGUGGAAGUCAAAACGAUAACAAUUAAGGUACCACAGAAGAAUUCGUAAACAAGGCCCGACGACCUGCCACGAAGCAUAUUUUGUACUUCUUUGCGUUAUAUACUGAUAUGAGAGCAUGUUUGGUAAUAAAAGUUUGAAAAAAAAAAUUGCAAUCCUAGAACACAA